AUGACACCUUUGUUCCUGGCAUCGUUUCAUGGCUGCGUGGAAGUGGUGCGAUUGUUGCUGCAUUUUGGCGCCAAACCGGAUGUGCUUCACAACGACGGUUCCAGAGCUCUUCUCGUGGCAUCACACCAUGGGCACGUGGAAAUCGUGGACUGCCUUCUUAAUGCAGCAUCUGCAGUGGAUGUGCAACAAAAGGACGGCUCCACAGCUCUUCACUUGGCCUCGGCUGGUGGACAUGUGGCAGUCGUGCGCCUGCUUCUAUCAGCAAGGGCGGACACCACCCAGCACCAGACUUCGGGCAAGACGGCCCUGUGCUGGGCGGCCCUGAAUGGGCACGUGGAGGUAGUCAGCUUGUUGUUGGAGGCCGGCCCCGAGAACCACAAGCCACACAGGGAGAGGUGCAUGGACCCGCGCCUUGCAGCUUGGCAGGGCCGCGUGGAAGAAGCCACAGCGCUUUCGCAGGCGGAGCAUGAGAAGGCCUUAGCUCUUGAGGUGGCGUCAGCAGCCGGCCACACGGAAGUGGUGUGCUUGCUUCGGGAAGCCGGAGCAGACAAGCGCUUCCGCCCACUCGAAGCUUUUGCAGUUCGUCACAUGGCCUUCUUCUUCAAGACAGCGAAGAAGCUGUGUGCUUGA